AUGGGAUGAUUUCCAUGCUGCUUUAAAAAGCAAAAAGCCCCACGUCAAAGAAGAAGGAGGGAUCCUGAAAGAUUGUCAAAAUCAAGCGAGAAAUUUAAUGGACUAGGCCCAAGUGAUAAUCAGAUUGUUCAGGAUAACAAGCAAAGAGUUAACCAAGAGAAAGAUAUAGGCAGAGAUUUCUUCCAGAAAUCUCAAUAUGCUGAUGCUGUGAGAGCAUACCAUAAUGCACUUCGGAUUCAUUUCGAGCUUGGCUCGAAACUAAUCCUGGUGUACCCUAGAGAUGAUUAUCACAACCUCAGUGCUAUACUUUAUGCUAACCUGGCUCGAUGUCACUUGAAUAUGGAACAGAGCGAAGAAGGAAUGGAAUUUAGUGACAAAGCCAUCAAGGAAGAUCCAAACUAUAUAAAAGCAUAUGUUGUUAAAGGAGAUAUUCUGAUUCACCAAGCUGAUCAAAAUCAUAACUUAGAUCAGGCUACACAAGCCAAAGAUCUAUUUGAACAUUGAAUAACUCUCUGAGAAAGGAUUAAUAAAGAGAAUGAUUUUACAUCACAGAUUGAAGAAAGACUAAAAUAAUGCAAACAAAAUUAGCCGUAUCUUACAAGCAGAAAUUGAUUUCACUUAUCAUUCAGAUGUCCGCGAGCAAUUUGAACAUAUUUUUGCAAAAUUGCUUGAGAAUCCUUCUUUAGAGGAGAGAGAUAAGAUUGAAAAGUUUAGAGGACAUAUACUUCAUAAAUUAGAUAUGAAGUUAGAAAACUCGAAAGAAAUAAUGAAAGAUGAUGAUACCCCUGAAUACUUAAAAUGAAUUUUCACACACGAAGUAAUGCAGGACCCACAUACAACAAAAGCAGGACAUUCUUACUCUAAAGAAGAGCUACUCCAGCACAUUCAGGUUAAUGCUAAUGAACCAAUGACACGUGACUUUAUAAGCCAACAGCAGCCUGGUUUAAUCAAGAAUAAGGCAUUGGAGAAAGCUAUCAAAUGAUUUUUAGCGAAGGGUUCAAUUUGAUAAUCAGGCAAU